AUGCUCAUCAAGAAAAGAAGUACAUCUCAGACACCAACAAAAUCCGGAUCAUCAUCAUCUCUGACAUCUAGAAGCCGAGAAAUGAAGAAGAUUAAGAAGAGCAGUUUGGAGGAAUCUGAAGAGGUAAAGAAUUUGUUGGACAAGAUUUCUCAGCAUGAUGAUGCAAGUCCAUUCAAAUUCGCAACAAAUGAAGAAGAUAGGCUGUUCCACUCCCUAAUUUCUAUUGAGAACGAAAAUAUUGACAUUACAACAAAUCCAUUGUAUGAGGAAAUUUCAAACAUUUUUCAUGAACAACUAAACGUGGCCACUGAACACAGUUCCACCUGGUUAGACUAUUAUUCCUUUAUCAGCAAACUAAAUAAGAUUCUCACAAGUCAAGAAGAUUCAAGAUCAAUGAAUAAUGAAGAAAUAUUUGCUCAAUUUAAGGAUCUUCCAUCUCAAAGAAUAAUGACUGUGUAUAAUGAAUUUCUACUGUCACAAAAGUCUCUUCCUGAUAAUGUUUGGGAACCCACUUUGAUGGGAAUGAUUAUUAAUAUUCUUAACCACCAAUUUAAAUUUAGGAAAAACAUUAUUUUCAGAACUCAAGAAGCAGUCCAAUAUGUUGACUCAUAUGCUGUUAAAGGUACAUCACUCAAGAACAAGGCAAGACUAAUUCCAGACGCGUUUGCUCAGACUCAAAUUUUUAAAGACCAACUUUUCGUGUUCUUUAAAUGUGAAGGACAGAGAGCUGAAACAUGGACACACAAAGACCAUUUUAAAAAAUAUAUUGAAAUGAAAAGCAUGCUUAAAGAUUACGGAAUACCUUUUGAUUACGCUAUAAGAGAGUCCGAUAUUGUUGAUUUAUCUUCCACAGAGGGAAUUAUUGCACUAACAGCAUUCAUUGAAAGUAUGUGCGAAAAUGUUUGCAAUUUAGAAUUUAAUGAGGAAGGGUUUGAAGAAAGUGCACGUCUUUCUUCCUCAAGCACACCAACGAGAGCAAAAACUCAAUCAUUAGAAAGAUUUGUAAAGGAAAUGGAUGUGAGAUUUGGUACAAACAUGCCGCCCUAUAUGCCCACAACUUCAUUUGAAACUCUUGAAGAAGGGAAACGAGUUUCAAAGAAAAUUCUUUCUGAAAUAAUGAGGAAGAUUUAUUGGGCUGAAACGAAAUUUGCCCUCAAACCUUAUCUAUUUUCUCUCUCUAUUAAGAAAAAUCAAGAACAAUUAUGGAUGAAAAUUCUUGACGAACAUCGAAGCGAUGAUUCAAGAAGUCGCAGUGAAUAUGAAUAUGAUGAAUCAAGUAGAAAUUUCCAUCAUGGACACGAUCAACAAUCAAGAGGUACCUCUUUUGAACCACCUUUCAAAUAUAUUCCUGACCCAAUGAAUGAAACAGAGUGUGCUAUUGUUUUGGAGGAACUGUUGGCUUUGACAAAUUUCCAGUUCUUACCAAACUCUAUGAGAUGCGAUACAUCAUGCACCAGUUUUUAUGGUUCUGCAUUUUCUCAACUCUAUGGACCAGUGUUUGUCAAGGGCACUGUAUUCAGAACGGAAAAUGAAUCCGAUAUGAAACGCCUUGUCACUCUCUCUCAAACCAGAUCAACUUUUUCAAACAUUGUUCGAGUUUUUGAAUAUCAUGCAAUUAGUUCAAACUCAAAGUUGAUCAGUGUUGUUUUCAAUUUGAUGAAACAACACAACGACAAGUGUAUUCCUGAACUGAGAAAACUUGUAAACUCUACAGACCUGGUGAGUAUCACCAUUCAAGAGAGAUUAAUCUCUUUGGAUGAUUUUAUGAAUAUGCCGUCGGUUCGUCGUUGGUUGAACAAGUGUAGAAUCAAAUUUUUCAUGGACCUUGUGAGACAAUGUUUCGACAUAUUGUUUCAAUUAGACCAAUCUAACAUUCUCCAUACGGACAUCUCUUUUGGAAAUUUAAUGAUUCGAUUGGAUCAGGAUCAUUGGGAUAGUGCUUCAAGCGAUGAGGGGAAAUAUGCAAGCUUUAAGCUUGUGAUCAUUGAUUUCAACUCCUCAAUGUUGUUGAAAGAACAAGAAACUACGACGACAAAUAAGAGCAACGUGGUAUAUAGAAAAAUUAUUCCAAAUCAAAACGUUGAUCUUGUUUUCAAGUAUCCAUAUUCAGCACCAAGUUUAGACACCGAUGAAGCAGACAUUUAUUCAAUGGCUGUGGUUAUUGUUAAUUAUUUACAUUACUUUCAACACAGACACACCUUGAAUAGUGAUAAUUCAUUCCAAUCUUGUAUAGAGUACAAGAUUCAAAUGUUGGACUUUUUGAAUGAUUUUCAAACCAAUUACAAACACAUGUAUGGAGAUGAAAUUGUGCAUCUUGUGUCGUUGCUUAAAUACAUGUUGGCAACAGGAGAAGAAGAGAGACCAGUUCUGAAGAAAAUUAAAGACAAAUUGGAAAAAGUGAAAUCAUUAUGGAUUCGCAACAUUUUAACUCGAACUCCACUGAAGAGCAUUUCAAAUCCAAUGUCCUUCCAGAGAAAUGCAAACACCAAUCAUGAAGUUCCAAGUAAGAAAAUGAAAACGCAAAUUAAUCAACAAGUAGGCGAGGAGGAAAAUCAGUGCCCUAUUUCUUUCAAAAAUAAUGAUAUCAUUUUCAAAUAG